UUUGUAUAUGUCUAAAUAUAAAACAUAAAGGUUCCCCGCGGUGUAUAUAAGAACACAGAGACCGAACGCGCGCGUUCAGUUGCCGUGCUGUCUUGAGUACUCUGCAAAGAUGCCUUCGCCGAUUGUCUGCCUGUUCCUCUUGCUUGGCACAGCUUGUGCCCAGUUCGUGCCUGGUACGGACACUGGGAAUGGACAUCAGGAUGGUUGUUCGGUAACUCCCGGAGAUGACCUCGGACCGUACUACGUACCCAACACGCCCGUAUCCCGCACCAUGUGCUUUGGGACGGCUGAAGACGACUACAUGUUCGUCAAGGGAACGGUGUACGACGUACAUUGUCACCCUGUGCAUGGAGCGAACGUUGAGGUGUGGCAGGCGGACAAGACAGGACUGUACUAUGACGACCGUUGCCGGGUGCAGUUCACUGCGGAUCAACAGGGGGCGUUCAGCUUCGUCACCACGAUGCCGGGGAAGUACAAGCUGGGGUAUUACUACCGCCCCGCACACAUCCACUACCGUGUGACUGCGCACGGGUACCGUGAGGUCGUCACGCAGCAGUACUUCUCCCACGACACGUCGCUCGGCGUGAACGACCCGUGUGAUACCUGCAACUCCGGCAGCGCCGAGCUGAUCAUGGACGUCCGGGCACCCACCGCAGACGACCUGCUGCAGAUAGCACAGCUCGUCAGCUUUCCCGUCAACAAGGUCGUGGAGUUCAACCCCGUCAUGAGCCACUAGUAAACUGUUACAAUGCGUGGCCUUUUCU